AACACCCUCCUCUCUUCCACUUAAUCCACACUACAACCCUGCAAGAGGCUGUUUCCCAAAAAGGUGUUGCAACUCGAAAUUUGCAACGUUCCGCUGGUGUUUACGAGAAAGGGUUUCACACCCUCCCUUUCUAUCGACUUCCUCGCUAAGAGAAAAGUAUAAAACAGCUACAGCGGGGAACGACGCCCAAGAGGAAACGAGAUCCAUUUUGGAGAGACAGACGCAGAGUCACAGAUCCCCACAAUGGAUUGCACCUCCCCAAUCAUCUCCGUUGCUUUCCUCCUGGCGUCCUUUCACUGCCACUCCCUCUGGGCCAUCCCUUGCCCGCCGUUUCCUGCUCCAGUCAAUCUCACCGAGUUCUCCUGCUCCUUCCGGUCCCUGAGUGAGUUCCCUGUCGGCUUCCCCGAAAGGACCAGGCUCAUCUCCGUCGAGUCCACAAACCUCGCCGUCAUCGGCGUAGAGGCGCUGCGUGGCCUUCCCAAUCUCCAGGAACUCCACCUGUCCAACAACAGAUUGAAGACCCUUCCCAACGGCCUCUUCCGUGACCUCCCAGAAUUGCACACCUUGGAUCUCACCAGCAAUCUCCUAGAAGAUCUGCCUCUGGGGGUAUUCCAGAAUUCCACCGCUUUGAAGCUACUGAGCCUCCAGGGGAACAAGCUGACCACCCUUCGUCCGUCCUGGUUCCAAACCCUACAACAGCUCACGAUCUUAGACCUCUCCCAAAACCAGCUGAUGGACGUGCCGCACUCCUGCUUCCAGGAGCUGAAGAAUUUGACCACCCUGGACCUGUCACAGAAUCUCCUCCGCACCGUCUCACCGCAGAUCCUGGACGGCUUGUCCCGUCUGGAGAGGUUGAUCCUAGAAGGCAACGGACUCCGAACCAUUGCAAACAACACUUUCGACGUCGUUUCAAGCCUGAAGUUCCUCUUCCUGCAGAAUAACAGCCUGGCCAACCUUCCAGCUGGGAUCUUCAUGCCGCUGGGCCAUCUGGAACUGCUGGAUGUCUCCAGCAACCAGCUCACUUCGCUGGAUCCUCAGUUCUCAAGCCGGGCCGUCGAGUUGAGCCUUGAUCUCUCUGGAAACCCAUGGGCGUGUGACUGUCACUUGCGCUCCCUGCUGGAGUGGGCCACAAACAGCUCUGUCACUCUCUUUUCCAAGCCGGAAGUCACCUGUGCCUCCCCCAAGAACCUCGAAGGCCAAGCAGUGACCUCUCUCAAGGAGACCGCAUUUGGCACCUGCUGAAUCCUGAAGUGGGAGAUCACUUUUGCCGGGUUCCUCCUCCCUCGCCCUUUCGGAGGACGGCGAAAUGAAAAGGCGCAAAGGCUCCAAAUCCGAGUCCCCGGCGUGGUUCCCACACACCCCUCCUUUGAGCGCCGACAGGUUCCCUGCCACUGUUGAUUCCUGUUCUUGACUUGGUGGUUGGCGUGUUGCAAAGUGAAACGUUGGCAGGCUGAGAAAUAAAAUUGGCUCCUGGCUACA